AUGAAUAUGUAUACAGAAACCAUUAUCAAAACGCCAAGUCAAGAUGCUCAAGGCCAUUGGUAUGAUUUACGUUCACCUACACAAAUGUGUACUGGAAAAGAGAAAAAUCUAGGAAGUAUGAAUACACACUUGGAUAAUGAUUUUAUAACAGACCACAAAGGACAAGCAACGAUGAAUGUUGACGAUGACAAUUUGUUCAAUAAUCAAUAUGUACAGGUGCCAAAAAAAUAUCACUCAAAAUCAUUAGAAGAACAAGUUUUAUCACAAAAAUUAAGUCAAUUAUCUAUGAUUUCUCAUCACACACCUGAACAUCUCAUUAUGGUCAAUGAAGAUGAUGUGGAAAAUGUGCCAUAUUACCUAUCCAAAGAAAGUGAAUCUUUUCAAGAAAUUACCGGCAAUUUAUCAUCCAAUGAAUUGAUCGAAGAAUUACGGCAAAUGGCUAUUGUGAUACAUCAAAUUUUUAUCAUCGAUUUAGAAAAAUCACUUUGGACCAUAUAUUUAAAGUCCGGUACAGGCCAACUUCCGGUGAAUCUGAUGGACAAUGAUAAUCUUACUCAUCCACACCUCUGGCCCAUUCAAGUACAAAAACUUAUUCGUGAACAAUCAUCUGAUAAUACCGAUACUGCUACAUGUUUAACUUACGUCACACAACAUCUUGAUGAAUUAGAUGAUAAAAUGAAACAAUAUCAAACGAAAUAUAAUAUGAAGAAAAACCGACACUUAAAUUAUCUACCAACCAUUCAAACAUUUGUUCACCAACAACUUGAAUCUGCUCGCUUGGCCACCGAACAACAAAUCGCCAUUGUUCACUAUAAUUACAAUGAUCAUGUGUUUGAAUUAACAUUUCUAGCAUAUAAUCCAACUCAACAACAGUGUACUAUAAGAAAUAUGGAAGCUUCAAACUCAAGUUUAUUUCCUCAUGCACAACGGCAUUCAGGUCAAUCACGUGUGAAUUCACGAAUUCAAACUGAUCGACAGCAGCAUCAUGUAAAAUCAUCAGCAAAAAAAAAUAAACGAAGAAAAAAAUGUCACGGUAAUCGGACAUUACAACGAUUUAGAAAGAAAUGUCGUAAACGUGGUCUCACCAAAGAAGAAACACAACAUUUAAUUAAUGAAUAUAAUCAUAGUCAUCAAGGUCAAAACCAAACGACUAAUCAAAAGAAGGUGCAAUCUACAACAAUGGAAAAAAUGGAAGUAUCCACAGACUUCAAUGAUAAUACCAAUGAAAAUGAAACGACAACAACAACAAAAUCAAAUAAACGUAAACAGCAGCAUGGAACUCGGUCAUCAAGUCAACGAUCAACUUCACAUCCCAUAGUUAAAAGAAUGAAGAGAAAGAAAUCAUCCCAAAUUACUAUGAUUCCAUUGAAACCAACUUAUAAAUUACCAAUCUACUUGAAAGCACAUCCCAAUCUACUAUUUCAAACUUUACGAGUACUAUUGAAGCAUACUUUAAGAAAAAAAUCUGAACGAAAAUUUCUUCAUGAUCGACUUCAACUAUUAGAUCAACAAUGUCGUGUUGAGCUUCAUCAAAAUUUAUGGCAAUCGUAUUUUAAAUUGGGCUCUGAAAAAGAAGUGUGGCCAAAUGUAGUUGUUAAAAGGGCAAAAACUGAUGAACAUAUAGCGUGUGAACAAUUUGUCAAGCAACAUCUCAAUGAUAUGAAAAUUAAAUUUGAUCAAUUUACCAAUGAAUUAAGAGUGCAAUUGCAAUCAUGUCCAGUAACAUUAUUACCGUUACAAUCUACCCUCGAUCAACGUCUGAAAGAACUUGUUCAAUUACAACAAAAAUAUUUAGCAAUUAAAAUGCAAUAUCAACUCAGUCGAUAUCAAGAUAUGAUUACUGAAAUAGACUUAUUUCAAACUUUAUCAAGUUUUCCUCUGACAAGUAAUCAGCAAACUAUGAUUGAUCGACUUAAACAUUUACAAGAAAAACAAGUCCGAUUCUACGAAGAUCUUGCAAAACUUGAUGUUCGAGUAUCCAUUGAUUUUUUACCUCGAAGUUUUGAUGAAUUAGAAUGGUUCAUUGAAUUGGAUGAUUAUUUUCCUUUCAUUAAAGAUAAUAUUGCUGUUGAAUUUAAACAAAACUGCUACAAAAUUAUUCAAGAAGCAAAACGUACAUGGUUAAAUACAUAUGUUGGUGCUUAUGAAAGUCAAAUCCAAGCAUUUGAACAUCACUAUGAAGUAGAAUUACAUCAAUUUGAAUUAACUAGUUCAAGUCGUACCUGUUCAAAUAAUGAAAUCAUAACUCUGUAUCAAUCUUUUCUUAAUUAUAUCCAGCGUCGAAUAAAAAGACUAAAAGAAGAGAUAGCUUAUGAAAAAAUACCUAUUUAUCGAAAACAAUUAUUACGUAUUCAGCGACGUUCAAAAUCCACCAACAAAACAGUCACUCUCAAGCCAAAUGUUAUCAUCGAUCUCAUCUAUCAUCCAUUUACUGCUGCUGAAGUUGCUUAUCUUUCAAGAGGGCCGACUUAUAUACGACCCAAUCCAAGUGUAUUUUUUCCAAAUAAAACUCUACAAAAACGAAUUGAUCGAGAACAUGAUGAUACAAUGAACAAAUUAAAGAAAUGUAUGUCAACGAACACUGACCUACCCAAGAUACCACUCACAUCAUCCUUAUAUAAAUUAUAUUCUGAUCGACUUCGAUCCUGUCUGACUCAAAGUUAUAUGACUCCUGUACCAUUCCACGAACAAAUACGUGCUCUACGAGAAUUAAAAAUAGUUCAAUCUAUUCGAAAAAAAUUAAAAAAAUAUAAACUUAUAUUGCGUGAAACAGAUAAAAGUCGUGUACUACAUAUUGGUCGUGCCAUUGAUUAUGAACGAAAAGCGACUGAAUAUCGACAAACAACAGGUGCUUACCAAGUAUUAACAUCGAAUCCAUUCAAUGAUAUCAUCUGUACUGUAACACGUUUACUUAAUCAAUUAAAAUCAUCGAAUCGAAUAAGUGAAUGGCAGCGAGUAAAAUUAACGCCCAAUCGGAAGAAGACCGAAUUAGCUUACAUGUAUUUUAUUCCUAAACCACAUAAGAAAGGUACACCACUUCGACCUAUUUUAAAUACCAUUCAUGCAGUCACAAAACAAAUUUCUCAAUACUUAGACAAAUUAAUUCGUCCCUUAUUCGAUCGAUUUGUACGUCAUACAACAUUUGUAGAUGGUGCUGAUCUUCUUGAUCAACUUCAAAAAUAUAUUCAAAAAGGUUAUUUUAAUUCAUCGACUCUUUUCAUUAUUUUCGAUAUUGCGAACCUUUACACCAUGUUACCACAAGAAGAAUCCUUAGCUAUACUCGCUGAAUUUCUUCGUGUACAUAAUUGUGAACGAAUUAAUGGUAUUUCAAUUGAUACUAUUAUUGAAUUAGCUCGUGUCGUACUUCAAGCAAAUGCUUUUGUUUAUAACAACAAGUUUUAUCGACAAAUUAUUGGUGGUGCUAUGGGUUCGGCCUUUACUUUAACAUUAGCAAAUAUCUUCAUGUGGAAAUGGGAAAGACAAACUAUUUUACCAAAAUUACCUUCACAUGAAUUAUAUGGCCGAUAUAUUGAUGACGUCUUCUUUACAUGUAAUCAAUCUGAAGACAAAGUAAAAGCAUUAUUAGAAGCAGCCAAUAAAUUUCAUUCAAAUAUUAAAUUAGAAUAUAAAAUUAGUAAAAGUGUUCCAUUUCUUGAUGUUUAUGUUGAAAACAAAAAUGGUAUUUUGGCAUCAUCUAUCUAUCAUAAACCUUCGGCUGAACCAACCGUGGUAUCAUUUUUAUCAGAUCAUCCACGACAUGUAUUUCGAAAUGUUAUUCAAACUGCUCUAACAAGAGCCGUACGAUAUUCUUCAACAUUUGAAGUAUUUAAUAAUGAACGGCGUGCCAUUCGUUUAAUGUUCUUAUAUAACAGAUAUCCAUCCAAUUAUAUUAAUCAACAAUUCGAAAAAUUCUUUGCUGACUACAUGUCAUCAACUUCUUCACCAAUUUUACCAAUGAUUACAAAUGAAAGUCAAUUUCUUGCAUUACGUGAAAAAUUAUCAAAUCAACCCACAGCUAAACAAACACAACUAUCAAUAAGUGCUGCUGCAGUAGAACUUACACAACGAACUCAAAAUGUUGCACAACAAAAUGCAAACAAUAUGGAAGCAACAGUCAAACGAAAAAAUGAUAAGUUCAAAAAUAAUAUAUUUGUUCAUGCUACCUAUGAAUCAAGACUCAAAGGUUUAGCACGAGAAAUACAUAUGAUACACGAUAAUCACUUCAAAAACACCGUCUAUGGAGAGAAACGAUUAAUUGUUGGUUUUCGAAAUAAUUCAAAUAUUGAAUUCGAAUUAUCACGUAAACGACCAGCGUCAUCAGUAUUGAAAGAUCCAUUAGCGAAGAAACGUAAACCAAAUGGCGUCAAUGGCAACGGCGUGAAUAUCUCCUGA